UCUGACUCCUAAACACAGACACGCUGCAGAGACCACCACAGACAGGCAGGGGAGACAUAGAGACACAAGAUAGACAGACACUACCAAGAGCAGACACUACCAACUAAAUGACCAGCAGGCGGACAGGAUGUCAUGGAUUCCACCACACAUCAACAGAGUGACAUAAGGGAUAGCAGACAUUACAGUUGAAUAAGUGAGACAUUUUGCCACCCCUUGGAUAUUCAGGUGAAAGACUGGAUGAGCGAUCCAACAUGGCGUUGGUCAGUGCCUCAGUCUCCCAGGCCAGCAACUCCGGCCUGGCCUUGGAGGACUACUCCAUCUACAAUCAGCUGUCCGAUGACGAACUCCUUGCGCUCGCCAUCGAACGCAGUCUAACCAACAGCCCCAGUCUAUCCGGCAACCAGAAUCAACCUGGCAACCAGAGUUCGGCUUCAAGGGGAGAAACAAGUGGAGGUCUUUCAACUCGUCGAACUGGUCAGCCUAACGGACCGAACUCUGCAAACCCUCCCCCAAACCAGCCACCUGAGGGCGCUGCCGCGCAGUACAGUUCCCACAAUCCCCCAGUGGACAAAUUAUUCAAUCCGAAGAACUUUUCUGGCACGGUGAGCCACUUCAUCACGGGCCAAGGCAAGCGCAUGGUUGCGUACCGCAAGCACGACGGGGCACUGGUCCACGUCUGCCCCGAGCCAGAGGAGGAGGAUGGGCCUCUGUUCGCAGCCAUCAAGAAAGGAGAUGUACGCCAGGUGAGGGCGCUAGUGGGCCAGGAACACAGCCAGAUGUCCAGUAAACCCGGCUGGAUGGCCAUUCACGAGGCUGCCUGCUACGGACAGGAGGCCUGCCUCAACGUACUGCUGACAGGAAAAGGACAAGGGAUGAUCAACAUGCGAACUGCGCAGGACCAGACUGCGCUUCUUCUGGCAGUCAGCUACUCCCAUGCGGCCUGUGCCAGGCUGCUGCUGGAGAGAGGAGCUGACACGGCGCUCAUGAAUAAAGACAGGGAGACUCCCCUUUACAAAGCUUGCGAGGAAGACAACGCGGAGAUCGUGGCGAUGCUCCUGAACCACGGGGCGUCGGUGAACGUCCACUGCAACCAGGGCUGGACGCCGCUGCAGGAGGCCGUGUGUCGCAACAACGUGGAGAUCUGUGAGAUGCUGGUGCAGGCCGGUGCCAGGCUCACCCCAGCCAACGUCUACGGCAUCUCCCCGCUCUUCACCGCGGCCCAGAGCGGGCAGGUUGCAACGCUCCGGUUUCUUAUUAAACACGGUGCGGAUGUUGACAGCCAGGCAACAGAUGGCGCCACCGCGCUGUACGAAGCGACCAAAAAUGGACACGUGAAGGUCGUGGAGCUGCUCCUCUCGCAGAAGGCCGACGCCAACAAGGCCAGCAAGAGAGGACUACUGCCUCUGCACAUCGCUGCCCAGAAUGGGGAUGACAUCCUGGUGCCCAUGCUGAUCCCGGCCACUACCAAGGCGCGUAUCCGGCGCGCCGGCAUCAGCCCCCUGCACGUGGCGGCCGAACACAACAUGGACGACGUGCUGGAGCUCCUGAUCCAGGCCGACUUCGACGUCAACGCCCAGCUGUCCCACGAGCACUCCAAGCUGUACGAGGACCACCGCACCACCGCGCUCUACUUCUCGGUGGCCAACAACAACGUGGACGCGGUGCGGAUGCUGCUGGAGGCGGGCGCCGACCCCAACCUGGACCUGUUCAACCCCCUGCUGGUCGCGGUGCGCGGCGGCUGCAUGGAGACGGUCACCCUGCUGGUGGAGCACGGCGCCGACGUCAACGCCUACCUGUCCACCCACCCCACCACCUUCCCGGCCACCGUGCUCUUCGCCAUGAAGUACCUCUCCAUGCUGAAGUACAUCCUGGACAACGGCUGCGACGCGCUGGCGUGUUUCCGCUGCGCGCACGGCAGCAGCCCCCACCCCCCCCUGAAGCUCAACCACUUUGAGCGGGAUGAGAUGAGAUACACGGAGAUCAACAUGACUGAAUGUACGGCUCGCCACUGUGUUCAGUUCUGCGAGAUGGUGUCCAUCCCGAGCAUGUGUCGCUGGGCCGGCCCCAUCAUAGACGUCUUGUUGGACUACGUGGGCCGUGUGAAGCUGUGCAGCCGCCUGCAGGAGCACCUCGACAGCUAUCCAGACUGGCAUCCAAUCAAAGUCAGAGCCACCACAACUCCUCCACUGAUGCAGAUGUGCAGACUGAGGAUCCGGCAGGUUGUUGGAGUUCAGCGCCUGAGGAGGCUGAAGACCCUGCCUCUCCCUGGGUCCCUCCUCCGAUUCCUGGUGUACAAGGGGGCAAGCAUUGACUUUGAAUGACCCAGAGGUUCUACAUUAACUUGAAGCACUACUGUGACGUGGCGAACCACUGAAGCAGGAUACAAAUGGAAACAAGCUUUGGCCCAUUUCCUCAAGCAUCCCUCCUUUUGCUACUUCAUUAAUCUAAAAACAAGGGUUGCAAAUCUUGAUCAGGCAUGGCAGACAUUGGGGUUUGAAUCCAGAGCCUUUGGGCAGAAAGUCAAAACACAUGAACCAUUGAACAAUCCAGCCCCUUUAAAUCAAUAGACCUCUUUAGGAAAUGAUUGUGUAUGAUUUGAAAUGUGGGAAUAGCCUGUCUGUUUGACUACAUUGCUCUUGAAUUCAUUUUUUAUAGAAAACAUAAAAUACUUUAUUGUUGUGCGAGUAGCCAUAGCCAUAGGUAAGCUCCAUCAAUUCUGGAUUCUACACCAUUUGAGUUCUCCACCUGGAUCCUCUCUUUUGGGUAUCUUGUGUUCUAAAGUGUUCACUUGGAUCGUUUGAUUUGGAAGAGUGCCUUCCAUAAUCUGAAAAAACUGUCUUGGAGUAGUUAAUUUUGUGAUCAUUUUUGUUUGUAAAUCUGUUCUGCUUACCAGGUCAAUAUCUCAAUGCUACUAACAGGUAUCCUGGGGACCAGACAAAUCUACGAGUUCGUAUUAUAUUGCGCUGGAAGGUCUGACGUCCCCUUGUUCUCAACAGAUUUGGAGCGGACUGUGCCUUGGUCGAGCCAAUCACGACCGUUUAUCUAAUAUGGGACUACUAACGGGUUAAAUAAACUGUGACUCAUUACAUUUUAUAACAUCUGCUAUUGGGUGACAAAAGGCUAACUACAUCUUUAGUCUUACCAUACAUAAAUGCUUGAUAAUGUGAUGGGGAUUUAUAGAUAUCUUAACUGGUUGUCAUAACUGGGUAUCCGUUGAGACAUACUUUUUUAAUUCUGGGUUUAAAGUUUAUUGAACAGCAUUCAAUAUCAACAGUCUUACAUAAGCAAAUAAUAACUUCCUUUAUCUCGGUUUGGCUGCUACUGCCUUGAUUAAAAAGUUUGUUUGUUUGUUUUUCUUUAAUUUAUGUCUUGUUUGGUUGCCUUCAUAAGAACCAACAAAUCUGUUUGUUUUGAUAAAAUGUUCCCAAAGAUUGAAUUGACAUAAGCAAGCUCUGUGCGCCAUCAUGAAACAAAAGACACAGUAUUAUACAAACGGCUUUCCCUUGUCAACAGACUCUGGAACCCCAUCUCUCUUCCUGUUUAUGUUUUUUUUUAUUACAAUACACUUGAUAAAAGAUAUGAACUGUGAUUUCUUCACUAGAUGUUUCUUCAUCUAUGAUCACUAACACGUAAUUUUCUAGGCAGACAGAACAACUAUACACUGUUUGGGAUAUAUUUUAUUCAUGGCUGUGCUAUAAUUGUUACUUUUAGAUUGAUUAAGUGUGGGUUUAUUUGGUCAAUAAUUUGCUACUUAGUUGACUGUUUAGAACAUCUUGGGUCAAGCUAUACAUUUCUAUCAGUCAGCUACGUAGCAAGGUAUUGAACACUAUACUUUGUAGGCCUUUAAUCUGAUAAUAAAAAGAUUUUGAGUUGA